AUGUUCACAAAACCCGAUGAAUUGGAGCAAAUAGUUACACAAUCUUACGGAUAUGGUAUACAUUUCAGAAAAAGCAAGCUUACAGACUGGCGGAUGCAAAUUGCUAACUACGACAACACUGCAUUGAGCAUUAACAAAGGACUGUUUGAAGAAUUAGAAGAUGUUCGUGUUUGGAUUGGAAUGUUUGAGAGAGCCAGACUGAAAAAUGUUCGAGACUUUGAUUUGAUCUUGGGGCAUGUCAGCUGGUUGACCGAGAAGCUUGCCGAGGUGAAGUCAGAAAAUCUUAAAACCCUGCAAUUUCAUUUCCUACGAAUCAACAUACGAGAAAUAAAAAGCCGAACUUCGCGGAUUGUACAGAACUUGGACACGUACAUGCUCAAGACUCAGGAAAACCCUGUGGCAGACACUGUGGACGACAACGAUACAAUAAUCUAUUCUAGAUUGGGAAAAGCGGGAGAGGAAGAUGAGGUUCUGGCUGUAAAAGUCGGGAUAAUGACACCAAAUCAACGAAAUGAAGUAGCAGAGAUUCCUUUUGAUGCCAAAGAACAUGUCCUGACAGAGUUUUUUCAUCUGGAUACUCGCAAACUGUCUGAGAAGCCAGAUUUGAGAUGUAACGCGAAAGAAUGUUUAGAUUUAUCACAGGCAAGUGACGGGAAAGAAAGUCUUGUCCUAUCUCAAAAAGGAAGGAUAUCACUGUCAGUGACAUUAGCUGUAAAACCACCAAACUCCAAAUACAACCUUCGGUACAGGAAUAAUGGGAAAUGGGAGACAACUGAAGCAACAUCUUCGGAUAAAGGUAUCAUCUUCCUGAUUGAUGCAUUAUCAGGCGUAGAUGUUGUUGUAACGGCAACAAGGAUUGAAGAAUCAAUAUACCUUUGCCCAGGAAAUGGCCCCAAAGAUAUCCUUUUUGGGAAUAACAAGAACAUCAAAUUGCACUGUCCCGAGGAAGCUGUGAAGGAACCACAAUAUCUCUAUGUUUCGCAUACGUCUGUUGAUGAAGCUGAGGCCACGUGUAACAGAGACAAAAGUGGAAAUACAGACAUCGUUGGGAUAACGCCUGUAGCCUAUGUCAGACACGAACAACCAUUUGCGGCGGAUCUAACAUUGACCCUACCGAUAAUGAUGCUUGCGGAUGUCGAUUUGUCACAAUGUGAUAUUGUCUUAUUCCACGUCGAAAAUGACAAUGUAACUGAAACAGACAUUGUCACAGAUUGUAUUUGUCGCGAAGAUAGCACGUGUACCAUUAAAACAUCAAAAUUCUGUGGGGUUGGAGUAGCUCCCAUUCGGCGUCAGGUUUCAUCUGCUCAGGUUGCAGUCGAAAAUGAAGAGCUAGAAACUUUAAUUGGGCUCUCAGUACCAUGCAGUGUUCUGAUUUUCCUUGGGAAAGGCAAAACAAAAAUGGACUGGAUGAUGAUGGCCGAUAUCGUACCAGAGUCAGAAGUCAAGGAUAGAAUUAUUUCGCGAGUAAAUGACGAACAAUACUGUGUGCCACUUAACAGCAGAUCAGGUAGUAUAUAUCUGAAACGGAAGGAGGUCAUUUCUAUUGAUUUUGGCAAAAGUGGUAACAUGACCUUCAGCUCUGAGAUUGCUAGAGGUAAAACGCCAGUGAUCCAUUUCUUUCAUAAGUUGAAGGAGAACUAUGCAUUGUUUCCUUCUAUAGUGAAAGGUGGAAUAAGCAAAGCAACCAGGGGAGCCGUGGAAUUUUCAAAACGUGGAAAAGUAUUCUACACAGCUUAUCCAUGCCCUGAUCUUCUCCAGAAAUCCCCAUCGACAAAAUAGGAAACCUUACGAUAUCUGGGAAAACAAUGUGAAAUUUGAAGGCAGAGAGAACUGGAAAAGAUGUUAAUUGUGAAGUAAUCCGCAACUGUUGGGUGGUUAUUACUCAGAUAACGAAAUUGCGUUUUAGAAUACAUGCGAUCAAAAUCGUAAUUAUAACUCAAAUAUUGAGAACGAUGAAACGAAGAAAAAAAUGCAUAAGACAUAAACAGUAUAUGCUGCAUGGUGAUUAUAUGAUAUUUAAAACAAUCUGUUUAUUCUGGAAUUAUUUUGUUUCUUUACUAUUUUCUUUUCUCCAAAUUGUUAACGUACUUAAAUUUAUAUAGCAUAUGUAUCGUUAAUUUCUUCUGUAGUAUAAUGUAGCACAUAGUUUCAAAUUGAUGCCAGUUUUGUAAAACGGCAUGCAAGUUUUAACAGUUUAAUUACAGAUAAAUGCAUUGGAUGUGUAUUGAAUAUUCUUUGUGGUAUGUGACCAAAUGGGAAGCUUCGGUACCUCAAUUGGUCAUCCAAUUUAAUGCAUAUCAGGUAAAGAUGCUUGGUGAAUGGUCUCCAGCAAGGUUGUUUAUGUUCCCCCAGAAGCGGAUAUCAGAGGAUGCCCUAACCUCUCGUGGUUGUAUCAUGAGAUAAAGUCACUUUAUCCUUAUGCUACUGAAAAGCAUGAAUUUUGCAUCCCCUUAUGUUGUUAAAUGAGGUAGGCACCAGCUACUACAAGGAGAAAAUGUCUUAAAAUGGCUAAGGCUUCCCAUGUGGUGAUAUACCCGGUAGCCAAACAAAUGAUAUUAGAUAUACUUAUAUGUAAACGUGUUGGUUAUGGUAUGAUAACAGAGUUCCAAAUCGGAUCUUACAUAUUAACAAACUUUUUAUUAAUCAGACUUUGUAUUAAAGCUCGUAUUUGCUUA